CAACGCGGGACAGAGGCGCAAGCCGGACGCCUACGAAACGACGAGGGGCAGCCCCACGCCGCCGCCCAAGUGCUCCACAGUUUCCUACGAACACCACGAGCGCCUCUCGGACGUAGCGCCGCGCAAGACCAGCCAGGGAGCAAGGGCAGCCCCACCCCAGAGCAGCCUCCCGCGAGCAACGAGCCACCAUGUCGCGCUCCGUCGCCACGGAGCAGAGCGACUUCGAGUCGAAGAUGCUCCUCGUCAAACAGAAGAAGAAGCAGGCCGAGCACGACAAGCGCUUGUUGGUCAAUCGCAUCGCGCUCCUGAAAAAAGAGGAGCGCAAGGCCUACAAGAAGAUCGAGAAGACCAAGGAGCGGGCCCAGGAGGUGCUGACCGUGCGCAUCGAGCACGAGCGCCACCAUUCUGAAAGGGUGGCUCGUCAUGCACGGAACGAGCGGCGACGAAAACUCGAGGCCGAAGCAAAUAAAGCAAGUGAAGCGGAAGCGCGUAGAAACAGGCAACUCGCCAUGCAGCACGUGCAGCAGCUCAAGUUCGCCAAGGUCCGAGAAGCUCGCUCCGAAGCCGCACAGGCUCGGGAUGAAAUAAGGGCAGAACAGCUCGCUGACGUCGUCGAGAAGCAACGGAAACGCGCGGAAGUGAAGGAACACGAAGCGAAAUUGCGAGAGAGAAAACAACAAGAGAUGCAGGGCAUUCUGAAAAGAAACAGAAAAGCUUACGAACGGAAAGUGAAGGAGGAGGAAAAGGCAACUCUGUUACGAGAGAAGGAGGUCGCGCGCAUGGAGCGCGAGGAGAUGAAGCUGAUCCAGAAACUGAAAAAAACUCAGGUCAUGCAGCAGCAGGCGUUCGAAGAUCUCGAGAACGCGUUGAACGGGGAUUUGAGCCAUCUGACGCAGGUCGAGGAGCCGUCGCCGGUGAAGCGACGGCCCGCGACGCCGCCUCUCCGUGAGGAGUCGAAGGACCCCGAGCCGACGCCGGAGCCCGAGCCCGAAGAGCAGUAAUACCUAAAUUUC